AGGAAACCAAGAAUAGGAGACAAAUACAAACUGUCCAUUUCAUUACAAACCAAUCCAUACAUUUGCGAUCUAUGAUGUCUUCUUCUUCUUCAUCUAAUGAUAUGAUAUUCAAAGUUGUUGGUUUUCUUCUUCUUCUCUCUCUUCAACCUCACGCGUUACUCGGCUCGGGUUUCGACCAGAAGAACCAAACUUUCAGACCCCAUAGAGAGGUUCAGAAGCUCAGACGAAUCGAAGCCUAUCUCAAGAGAAUCAACAAGCCUCCAAUCAAAACCAUCCACAGCCCAGAUGGAGAUGUAAUAGACUGCGUGUUUUCUCAUCUGCAACCAGCUUUCGAUCAUCCUCAGCUAAAAGGGCAAAAACCACUGGAUCCACCGGAGAGGCCAAGAACAAGAAACAGAACAGAGGAUGAGAGCUUCUAUCAGCCAUGGAGAUUGUCGGGUGAAACAUGCCCUGAAGGUUCGGUACCGAUACGAAGAACAACAAAGACCGACGUCUUUAGGGCAAAAUCACUCCGGCGGUUUGGUCGGAAACUGAGAAAACCCAUCAGAAGAGAUUCCGCCGGCGGCGGCCACGAGCACGCGGUGGUGUUUGUGAACGGAGAGGAAUACUACGGAGCAAAAGCGAGCAUUAACGUGUGGACGCCACGUGUCACCGAUGCUUACGAGUUCAGUUUGUCUCAGAUUUGGGUCAUCUCUGGUUCCUUUGGACACGACCUCAACACCAUUGAAGCUGGAUGGCAGGUUAGUCCUGAGCUGUAUGGUGAUAAUUACCCGAGAUUCUUCACAUAUUGGACUACGGAUGCAUACCAAACAACGGGUUGCUACAAUUUACUGUGCUCAGGCUUUGUACAAACCAACAGCAAAAUUGCAAUCGGGGCUGCCAUCUCUCCAAGGUCCUCCUAUGAUGGAAGCCAGUUCGACAUCGGUUUAAUGAUUUGGAAGGAUCCAAAACAUGGGCAUUGGUGGCUUGAACUAGGGAAUGGGCUACUAGUUGGCUAUUGGCCUGGCUUCUUGUUCAGCCACUUGAGGAGCCACGCGAGUAUGGUUCAGUUCGGGGGCGAAAUCGUCAACAGCCGAUCAAGCGGCGGCGCCCACACGGCGACUCAGAUGGGUAGCGGCCACUUCGCAGACGAAGGUUUCGCCAAAGCCGCGUACUUUAGGAGCCUACAAGUCGUCGAUUGGGACAACAAUCUGUUGGCUCUAAACAAUCUCCAUGUCUUGGCUGAUCAUCCUACUUGUUACGACAUUAGACAAGGCAAGAACAAUGUUUGGGGGACUUAUUUUUACUACGGAGGUCCCGGCAGAAACCCUAGGUGUCCUUGAUAAUAUAUAAUGUCUAACCACAAAGAUAUAUAUAUAUAUAUGUAUGAUGUGUUUGCGCAUGGUUCCUCUCGCUCUCUGGUUUCUAGGGUUUUAGAGAUUUUUGGGUGUUGGGUUAUUUUCUAUUUUUCAAUUGCAUUUUCCAUUUGAUAUAUAUAUUUUUUUAAACCGAUUAGGGUUUGGUUCUUUCUUUUGUUGUUGUGUAAUAUUGGGCAGAAUGAAGCAUCUUGUGAUGUAUCCUUAUACCAAAAAUGAAGUAACUUUUUUUUCGAA